UCUCUCUGCAGAUGCUGUCAGACUUUCCGAGUUUCUCCAGCACUUCUCUUUUUGUUUCAGACUGCAGAAUUAAAGUGCGGAAGGCCAAGAAUAUUAGCAAAGUGUACAUCACACGUGCAUCAGAAUCAGCUAUGACCAAUAUGAUUAAUGUCUAAGAAUCUAUUUUAGGAGAUCUUUUGUGGUGCAGCGAUAACGUCUCUACGUCUUAACUAGAAAGCCCGGGUUCAAGUCCCACCUCUGAAAAAGUUGAUAAGAAAAUAUGUGAAAGAAUUUGCUUCAGAAGCUUUUGAGACUAUGUCUCUAUCUCUCCUACAGAUGGUGGUAGAGCGAGCAGUCUCAACAGAUGGGUCUGCUCUUGUCUUUCCUCUUUAUUCAAUAAUCGUCAUACUAUGCGACCAAAUCGUUCUGGCAGCGAACUUCGGGAGCUGCCUGCAAAUUCAUUACCAAGUUGUGCGUGGCAGAUUUUCUCACAGUAAUUGCAGUUAGUGAUGACUGAUGGUAGGAUACUCUACCAUUGGUGUUUGAAUUGAGACCGUACAGUUCUGAGCUGUGAAGCUCCCAGCCCCAGGCGCUGUUGCGUUGUGGACGGGUUGAAGGGGCACGUGCUGAGAGCGGCCGUUGGGUUUUUUUUUUAAAGUUUAAAGUUGGAGAGCGUCUCAUCUGUGCGGAGAAUGCCCAAAGUUAAACUCGGGAGGAAACAUGGGAGAUGCCGAGAGACCCCAGGGCACAGUCAAGGUAUAAUGUUCAACACUGGAAUUGGUCAGCACGUUCUGAAGAAUCCUUUGAUUGUGAAUAGCAUCAUUGAAAAGGCUGCUAUUAGACCAACAGAUGUCAUAUUGGAAGUUGGACCUGGUACUGGAAACAUGACUGUGAAACUUCUGGAAAAGGCUAAAAAGGUAAUUGCUUGUGAACUUGAUACCAGACUCGUUGCUGAAUUACAGAAGAGAGUUCAGGGAACACCUACAGCAAAUAAACUUCAAAUUAUGGUUGGAGAUGUGCUGAAGACAGACUUGCCCUUUUUUGAUGCAUGCGUAGCAAACUUGCCAUAUCAGAUCUCAUCUCCAUUUGUUUUUAAACUCCUGCUGCACAGACCAUUCUUCAGAUGUGCAGUGUUGAUGUUCCAACAAGAAUUUGCUCUUCGGCUUGUUGCAAAGCCAGGGGAUAAACUAUACUGCAGGCUCUCAAUCAAUACGCAGUUAUUGGCACGUGUAGAUCACCUGAUGAAGGUUGGAAGAAACAACUUCAGACCACCUCCAAAAGUUGAAUCAAGUGUGGUUAGGAUAGAACCAAAGAAUCCACCACCUCCAGUGAACUUUCAGGAAUGGGAUGGUCUGGUCCGAAUAGCAUUUGUGAGAAAAAACAAGACUCUAGCUUCAGCUUUUAAAUCCAAUGCAGUUGAACGAUUGCUGGAAAAAAAUUACAGAAUACACUGUUCUUUGCAUAAUAUUCAAUUACCAGAAAACUUCAGCAUUACAGAAAAGAUCCAGAAAAUCCUGAAAGAAACAGAUUUUAAUGAAAAACGAGCUCGCACAAUGGACAUAGAUGAUUUCAUGAGAUUACUUCAUGGUUUUAAUUCACAAGGAAUCCACUUCUCAUGAGAGAAUUGCUUCAGCAAAUUGGUUGUAGAUAAGGUCUAAUGUAAAUAAGAGGACAGACUUGUUACAAAUCCUAUUGGAAUGAUUUUGUGAUAUUGAGAAUGAUUUUACAAUCAUUUGGAAUAAGUUUAGUCUGGAUUAGAGUUGAAACAGAUACAUUACAUUGUGGUUCUGCUCACUUAUGAUAUUGUAAGUUCACGUGAUUGGUUCCCAAAUGAGCAUAUGAUAUUUCUGAAAAUGUACUGCUCAAAACAGCAGAAAAAAUAUAACUCUUGAAUAAAACUUUAACGAGUUACUUCCAUGAUAAACAAUUUAUUAUGAAUUCUGAAUUUGUUUAGGUUGAUUUUUAGCAGAACUUUCAGUAUACUUAUUGAACCGGUGAAUAGGAACAGAAUAUAAAGUGGGAAUUAAACAUUUCUAGGAAAUGUCAAAUAUUGGAAAUGAACAAGGUUUUGGCUCUCUUCCGAUUCUUCUCCCAAAAGCAUGGAUCAAUCUUUGUAUACAGGUCCGACAGCAUUUUGUAUUUUCCAAUGUCUUUCCAAGUUAAUUUGCAUAUGCAAUAAAUAUUUGGCAGCAUUUAUAGCUUCAGUUGUUUAGGAACAAUAAAAUGCAUCGUAAAUGGCAGCAACAACUAAGAUCAAAUGUAUGCAUUCGCUCACAAUAGACUCAGCAUUUUACAUAAUCAGUCUCUGUCACAUUAUCCCAGAUGGCAGCAGAGUACAACCAACUUAAGAGUUGUAGGCAUGGUCUUGACCAAAAAAGUGUGCAAAACCUCUUCAAUUCUGCUUACAACAGUCUUGAUGAUGUAGAUCCAUCAAUUUUGUGUUCAAUAAACAGAAUGGCUGCAGCAACAGUACAUUUGCCUAUUCUCAGCUUUUGGAUCUUGUUAUACUUUAGGCUGUCUGUACCGAACAGCUAGACUCUGGCUCUGUCCUUUU